AUGAUUGUGAAUCUUUCACUCCGUCUUGCAGGGAUCUUGCUUUGCCAAGCCCUCCUAACUACUGCGCGUCCAGUAGGAUCGUCCUUUGGAUAUCCCAGCAAUGCUACUUAUGAUUAUGUUGUGGUUGGAGCCGGCAAUGCUGGAGCGGGUCUGUCUUAUCGACUAGCUGAGGCUGGUUAUUCUGUUGCCCUUGUGGAGGCUGGAAGCUUCUAUGAGUAUACCAAUGGGAACUUGACUCAGAUUCCGGGAGACGAUGUUUUCUGGUGUGGCAAAAGUCCUUCUGACACGAAUAGUCUGGUGGAUUGGAAUUUCGUCACCGCUCCUCAACAGGGACUUAACAAUGCGUCUGUCCACUAUGCCCGUGGCAAGACACUUGGAGGAAAUACAGCGCGAAACUACAUGACCUAUCAAGUUGCAACCAAGGCCUCAUAUGAAAUGUGGGCCGACAAAGUCGGAGAUAGUAGCUACAAGUUUGAAAAGUUCCUGCCUUACUUCACAAAGCAUCAGGGAUUUACUCCACCCGACGAGACUACGCGCUUUGCCAAUGCCAGCGGUGUCUCUUAUGAUUUGUCCACGAUGGGAACCAAGGGUCCCGUGUCGGUUGGAUUCCCCAACUAUGCCGGUGCUUUUGCUAGCUGGGUAGUCAAGGGCUGGAAAGAGCUCGGACUCAAAGCCAUUGAUGGCUUCACAAGUGGUCGCCUGAUUGGAUACUCCUGGAGUAUCGCAACGAUCCAGGCUGAUAAUCAAAACCGCGAGACCUCCGAGACUGCCUAUCUGCAAGCUGCUAUUUCCGAGGAGCUCAACCUCGUUAUCUACACAUCCACUCUGGCAAAGAAAGUCCUAUUCAAUGAUGCCAAGAAUGCCACCGGCGUUCAAGUCUCGUCUUCUGGCCAGGAGUAUGUCUUGACUGCAAGCCGCGAAGUCAUUGUCUCAGCUGGUGCUUUCCAAUCGCCUCAAUUGCUGAUGGUCUCCGGUAUUGGCCCGUCUGAGCAGUUGAAGAAGUACGACAUUCCAGUCAUCUCGGAUCUUCCUGGUGUCGGCCAGGGAAUGCAGGAUCACGUUCUUGCUGCACCUGCAUACCGUGUCAAUGUCGUUACAGGUUCAUCAGUGAAGUUCCCCGACUAUCUUGCCGCCGCUGUCAAGGGAUAUGAUAGCCAGCCACCAACUGGAAUCCUCACCAACCCCGGAAAUGAUGUCAUUGCAUGGGAGAAAGUACCCCACUCCCUGCGCGCUAACUUCAGUGCGCAGGCUAAGUCUGACCUGGCCAAAUAUCCAGCGGACUGGCCUGAGCUUGAAUACAUCCACAUCGGAGGCUACUUCGGUCUGCAGCAAAACUUCGUAGCUGGAGCACCUGAUGAUGAAUACAACUAUGUCAGUAUUGCGACAGCCUUGAUUGCUCCUCUGUCCCGCGGUACCGUUGAGAUUGCUUCUGCCGAUACUUCUGACCUACCAGUUAUCAAUCCCAACUGGCUCACUCACCCAACGGAUGUGGAAGUCGCUGUGGCAGGUUUCAAACGUGCACGUGCGUUGAUGGCAACAAAGGCUAUUUCUCAGAUUGUAAUUGGCGAAGAAUACUUCCCCGGAAAGUCAGUCCAGACAGAUGAAGAGAUCAUCGCGUGGCUUCGUGAAGCUACCGGUACCGUGUUUCAUGCUUCGUGCACUUGCGCCAUGGGCAAGGCCAAUGACACCAUGGCUGUGCUGGACUCGAAAGCACGCGUCUAUGGAGUCUCAAACCUUCGCGUCGUGGAUGCGUCUUCCUUCCCCCUCCUGGUGCCAGGUCACCCAAUGUCCACCAUUUAUGCCCUGGGAGAGAAGAUUGCUGAUGAUAUUAUCAAGGGCAAUUGA